AUGCCAGCUCUUCCAACAUUUGAUUGCAAACUGAUUACAGGCCUAGUCUACGCGGCCACAGCAAUUGGGCUGCUGAAGAUCGUCUCAAAAACGUACAGCUUCCUUUCGCUCAUCACAAGUUUGUUCCUCCUGCCCCCUGUCGACUUUAAGGUUUACGGAGCCAAAAAGGGCGCAUGGGCUGUCAUCACCGGAGCGUCCGAGGGUAUCGGACAGGAAUUUGCCAAACAACUUGCUUCCAGGGGUCUCAACGUUGUUUUAAUCUCAAGAACGCAAUCUAAGCUGGAGGCAAUUGCCACAGACAUCGAGACAAAGUACAAGGUGCAAACCAGAGUGGUUGCUGCGGAUUGCUCGAAAAACACCCCUGAACUGUACGCCUUGCUCUCCAAAUCGAUUGAAGACCUGCCUGUGUCGGUGCUGAUCAACAACGUGGGCCGUUCGCACGAAGGCCCAGUUCCUUUUGUCGAGACGCCAGACGAGGAACUGGACAACAUUCUGACCAUCAACAACCUGUUUUUGGCCAAAAUGACCAAACUCACCAUUCCUGUUAUCGACAAAGCCAUUGCCUCCAAGAAGGCCAGCAGGGGUCUUAUUGUGAACGUUGGCUCCUUUGCCGGUCUUUUCCCAACUCCGUACCUUGCCACUUACUCUGGAUCGAAGUCGUUUUUGCAAAACUUCUCUCAAGCCUUGUCUGUCGAGCUCAAGAGCCAGAAGAUUGACGUCGAGCUGGUUCUGGCAUACUUUGUCACCACUGCUCUGUCGGCCAUCAGAAGAAGCUCUUUCUUUAUUCCUACUCCAAAAGACUUUGUUGCUGCCACUUUGAGAAACAUGGGCAGAAGAGGCGGUGCCCAGGACAGAUUUGCCACUAGCUCUCCAUACCCUUCCCAUGCCCUGAUGCAAUACGUUGCACACAAUACCGUGGGAGUGUAUUCUGAGUUCAUCGCCAACUCCACCUUCAAGGCAAUGAAGGCCACGAGAGCUAAGAGGCUGAAGAAGCUGCAAAAGCAAAAAGAGGCCAAGGCAGAGUAA